UCAACAUAAUUUUUGUUUUAGUUGAUUUGUAAAUAUAUACGUGUACAUUGUACACUGUACAAUUUAAACAUAAUAAAAAAUUGUGAAAUUUUUCUAAUUUUAUUCAAUUAUCAGUAAUAAAUUAUUGUUUAUAAUUUUUGUAAUUUAAUUAUUAAUACGUUUUAGUACAUAUAUUAUAAUUUAUAACUAUAAUAUAUUUCAGUUAAAGACAACAAUUUUAUACUAUUGCACAAAAUAUUGUUAUGAGUUACCGACGUCUCAAAGACAACAAAAUAUAUUGUUGUUUGAAAAAACAAUACGAAAAGACAACUGCUAUACCACGUUGUAUUAAUGUUGCUGUUGUGGGACUUUCUGGCGCAGAGAAAGAAAAAGGAGCAGUGGGAGUUGGUAAAUCAUGUCUAUGUAACAGAUUCAUAAAAUUAUCAUCGGAUGACUUCAAAGAUGAUCAUAUUUCUUUAUUAAGCAAUUCUGAUUUUAGUGGACGAGUUGUAAAUAAUGACAAUUUUUUAUACUGGGGAGAUGUUAUAAAAACAACAGAAGAAGGUACUGAUUACAUGUUUCGUGUCAUUGAACAAACUGAAUUUAUAGAUGAUUCAACAUUUGAACCAUUUAAUGGAGUUAAAAUGGACCCAUAUAUCAAACGCUGUGUGGCUACUAAAAUCGAAUCACCUGAAAAAUUAAUGUAUAUAUGUAGAAGCCAAUUAGGUAUUGAAGAAAAAUAUGAACAAAAAGUGUUACCUCCCGGUGAAUUCAAUGUUGAUGGUUUUUUAUGCGUAUUUGACGUCAGUGUAGUACCGGGUCGUAGUAUAGUAAAACAACUAGAAACUGUAACUAAUAUAUUAAAAAAUAUAAAAAACACAAAAAAACCCGUGGUAUUAGUAACUACAAAAAAUGAUAAAUUCAAUGAAGCAUAUGUUCAAGAAAUUCAAAAACUUGUAUCUCAUAAUGAAUUUAAGAAAGCUAUACCAUUUAUUGUUGAAACAUCUGCUUAUCUGAAUGUUAAUGUUGAUGCCGCUUUUAUAGCUCUAGCUCAUAUUAUUGAUAGAUUUAAAGGCCGUACAAAAAUAGUUCCUUAUUUGGAAUCUGUUAAAAACGACUACUGAUGCAAACCAGACGUUGGUACAAUUAUAAGUAAAUACAGAAAUGUUUAUCAUUUUCUGUUUACGUAGUACCUAAGUACGAAAUAAUUUUUUCAAAUUAACUCUUGAGGUAUUUAUAAAUUAUAUUUUUCCAAUAGCUAAUCUUACACAGUUACACUAUUAAAUGGAAUUCACUUUUAAUUAGUAGAUGAACCUAUAAACCUACAUUUUUAUUUCAAAUUAUUUUUUUUUAUAAUUAACUGUGUUUGUGUAUUUACUUGUUACUUCGUAAUAAUACAUGCAUUUAAUUAUUAAUUAUUGUGUAUCAAGCAAUUAGUAAUAUUGAAGUACUUCGAUUUAUUUAAACAUUUUAAACACUUGAAAGUUAAUGAAUAUAAGUAUAAAACAUUUUUCAUAAAUAUGUGUUAUUUGGUUACUAUUAAUUUACUUUAUUUUAAAUUUCGUAAUGAAAUAACUGGAACAGUGGAAAAAUGUUUUAAGAUUCUAUAAUAAGUAAUAACUUGUAUAAGUAAAACUAUAGGAACCUAAAUCUUUAUUUAUCCUAAUUUCCUAAAUUAUUUUAACUACAUAUGUAUAUACAAUACACAUACAAUAAACUUACAGGGGUAUACAGCCUAUAGAUCCAUUUUUUGUAGACGAGAUACAAAAACCUAGUAUAAACUCAAUAUUUGUCUAAUAUAGUUGUAAAUUUCGUAUUAUAAAUAUAUUUUAAAUGGAAAUAUUUAA